AAUAUUUGAUUAAUAUUUUACUAUAUUUUAAAAAAUGCACAGCAUUGUUCAUCCUCAUUUUUAUCAGUACUGAUAAGGUUCCAGGAAAAUGUGAUUAUUAUUUUAAGGGUAUUUACCUAUUACCAUCGUAUCGUUUUUAAUAUAACUUGUAGUUUUUGUUUUCUUUCUAUAAAAAUUUAAGAAAUAUAGAUUACCUAUAUGUUUCAUACUUUUUCUGUGCAGUAUACCUACCUAUCCUAUAUUACAUACGUACCUAUUACUUUUAUCGCAGAACAAGUUCGAACACAGGUGUACCUACUAUCUUAAUUUGUGAUGGAGGGCACAGAUGAUAAAAAAGUAUCUGCAGCAAGCUUAAGAAGCAUAUCUGGAUUGACUGAUACUAGUUUUGAGGAUGAAGCAUCUGCAGAAUUAGAAAAUUACGAUGAAAAGAAAUGGAGAUUAUCGCAUUUAAAGAACCAGUUUGAAUCAUUAGAAUUGCACAAGUUGUAUGCAAUAUACACCGACAAGAUAAAUCAUGGAUACUUCUCCUUAUUUUUAAUCCUCCAAGGAGUGUUAAGUCUGACACAUUUUUUAGUUUUAACAUUUAGUAAUUACCAGAAUAAGGAUAAUAUGAUCAAAGUGAUACCAGAUCUUAUUUUAUACAUGUCAGUAUUUGUAUUAUCUAUGUUUGGGCUGUAUCUGGUCGAUAAAAUUGUUGAAAAAUACAAAAAACUUCAAUAUAUAUCUCUGUUAGCAUUUGCAAUACUAUUUUUUGUAAACGCAUUUGUGCCUUACUAUCACAAUAUAAAAGAUGGAAAUGGAAAUUACAGGACUGCUUACUCUUCGCAUUUGAUAUUAUCCUGCUACGUUUUCUUCAGCAUACAUGACGUUCUAGUGUCAUUUGUAAUGGGACUAUUCGUUUCCGUUUUUUAUAUUAUGACUUUAAUUUUGACAACAUACGCAGGAUCGGACAUGCUUUGGCAAAGGGUGUUAUCAGAAGUAUUUUAUUUGAUUGUCAUCAACGGACUUGGCACCUAUUUUAGGUACAUGAACGAAAUAGUUAUUAGACGCAGUUUUCUUGAUAGACGAGACUGCAUCAUGUCAACCUUCCAACUUCGGCAUGAAAAAGAGCAAGAGGAACAACUGAUGUCUAGCAUUAUUCCUAAUAAUAUAAUGAAGAAAGUUAAACAAAAUUAUUUGGAAGCUACAAAGUACUAUCUUCAAACUAAAAGAUAUCUUAAGAAGAACCCAUUCGAGAAUGCAUUGCUUGACAAAUGUAAUAAUGUGACUAUUCUAUUUGCCGAUAUUGUACAUUACACGGAAAUGACAUGUAAAUUAAACAUAACCGAUCUUCUGGAAACACUCAACGAUUUAUUUGGUUGGUUCGAUGAAGCUUCUGAGAAAUUAAAAGUAAUUAGAAUAAAAUUUCUUGGCGAUUGUUAUUACUGCGUUGCUGGAUUACCUCCAGAUCCUGCUCCCAAUCACGCAGAAGCGUGCGUGGAUUUAGGAUUGGCGAUGAUAUCCAUAAUUGCGAAUGUGAGGCAAAAAAGGAAUUUAAACAUCAAUAUGAGAAUUGGUGUCCAUACUGGUAAAAUUAUAAGUGGAAUUAUUGGAGCAAGAAAGAACCAGUUUGAUAUAUGGUCUAGAGACGUAGACAUAGCAAAUAAAAUGGAAAGUGAAGGCAAACCUGGAAAAGUUCAUAUCACUAAUACUACGAAAGCUCUGCUUGAAAAGCCGUACCUCAUUCAUUCCACAGAUAAAGGUGAAACAGUUCAGCAAUUCAAACAAUACGAUUUACAAACUUUCCUAGUGUCACCGUCAGAAAACAACGAAGGCAACAGGACUGUGCUUUUUCCAGAGCCUAAUGGUACAGUUACAAGUCAACGUAGAUCAUCACUUUUUAAAAAGCAAAGACAAGGUUUAGGCAAUGGAACAAUUUUAUUGACACAAUUACAGAACGCAUCAAUUCAGGAAGAUGAGGAGAAAGAUCCCGCCACCGCGUAUCUUACAGUGACAAAGGGAAGUCUGACUAGUAGCUUGUCGAGUAUUGACGAGAAUGGAAAUACAAAUGACAGGCUGUACAAAAGAAGAAUCAGUAACGGUCCACACAGAAACUCAAAAUUAACGGAUGACAGGCGAUCCACGGCAGAUCUAAAGAGGCGAACAGCCUUCAUGAAUAAUAAUAUUAAAAGAUACGCAGAGCGUACUGUAGCUGUAAAUAAAGAAAUGGAAAAAACAAUUGCGAACAUAACAUAUUCAAAAUACGAGCAAUAUGUUAAAAUGAAGGACAUUAACAGCAUUUUCCUAUGUUUUACUUCGAGAAAAAACGAAUGGGGCUAUAUUACAAUACCAGAUCCACUUUUUAAGUAUUAUUUAUUAAGUGCAGCAGUUUUAAUAUUCUUUGUGUACAUAAUACAGAAUUUAACUUUAUCGCAUUGGGGUUGGUCAUCAUGGCCCUUUCUAGCGACACAAUUUGUGAUUAUAUUCCUAUUUCUGCCAUUGUCUUGGACACAUUUUCUAUGGAGCCGAUAUGUAGCAAAUAUCAUGGAUGAUCCUCCAAGGAAUAUAUUGAUAAAUUUUUUAUGUAAAUCAUCGAAGCUUGUAACGAACAGUUUCACGGUUCGACUUGUAAUAUUCAUAAUAAUCUAUAUCUGUUUUGGCGUGUGCAUACUAAUGGAGUUGAUCGAAUGCGAAGGUGAAGCUGAAGGAGGGCAAAUUUUUGGGGAGAGAUAUCCUUUUUUUUUAUUAUUUUCAAGUCGGCGAAAAUUUCAAAAUAAUGAAUAUUGCAUUAUACCCUGGCACAUGACGGAAUCCUGUAUAUUGGCAGUUGUAAUGACAUAUUUAUUUUUGAGGAUAUUCCUUUGGAUUAAAUUGCUAUUUGCUGUCAUCACUGUAACUAUUUACAGUUACGGUGUACUUAGUUUCAGUAAAGGAUUCUAUGCGGGCAGUGAAACAUUUAAUUACGGCUUGGAACCACAAGUUGCUCAUAUUUUGAGUGUAGUUUUUUUCACGAUGACUCUACAUUGCAUAGAUAGGCAAACUGAUUAUAUGAAUAGAUUGGACCAUCUACUCAACUUGAAACUAAAAACUGAACAAGAAGAGGCGAAUGAAUUACAAAUAAUUAACAAAAAUCUGUUGCUGAAUAUUCUGCCCAAGCACGUCGCUAAAUUAUAUCUGGAUGUCAAUAGAGAAAUGAAAGAACUGUACUACGAAAACCACAACGAUGUAGCUAUUAUGUUCGCUUCUAUAAUUGUAGAUGACGAUUUGCAAGAAAUUUUAGGAGAUGAGCAUUUUCUUAUUCUAAUGAAUGAAUAUAUCACCUCGUUUGAUACGUUAAUUAAUAGGAAGGAGUUCCGUACUAUUGAAAAGAUAAAAGUUGCCAAAUGGACGUACAUGGCAGCGUGUGGUCUGUUUCCAGGAGGAAAGGAAUUUGAAAUAGAGAGACAUGUGACCAGCGCGACACUGGAGACACUCCUCAGCUAUGCCUCAAAUAUGUUCAAACAUCUUAAAAUUUGUAACCAAAACAUGUACAACUGUCAAUUAAGAAUAGGUAUCUGCCAUGGUCCAAUAGUCGCUGGUGUUGUCGGAUCUAAAAAACCGCUCUACGAUAUAUGGGGAGAUCCUGUCAACAUGGCAUCUAGAAUGGACAGUACCGGCAUACCAAAUCGCAUUCAAGUCAUGGAGAACACUGCAGAAAUCAUUCAGAACCUGGGAUACAUUUGCGAUUAUCGGGAUAAAAUUCGAGUAAAGGGUAAAGAUGAUCUCGUUCGAACGUACUUCGUGAGGCUUGACGAGAAUUAUAAUUUGGUAAAAAAUGUAACCGCGGAAAUUGAUGAUGAAUGAAUGAAAUAACUUAUUUAUUUUAGUAUAAGAGAUCUAUUAAUUUUUUUAAUCGAUCACUAAAGAGCUUUAAUUAUUACAUGGCAAUAAUAUUUUAUAUUGGUCAGUGAAAUUAAAUCAUGUGAAUAUGUUUAUUUAUAUUUUUAAGUGUAAUUAAAUAUAUAAUAUUAAUUUUA